UACAUUAUUUGUGCUCGCUACUCAAUGCUAUUCAAAUAAGAAAUGUCAUAUGGAUGAUGUGUAAGGUAAUUCAUGCAAACAUAGGGUGCAAAGAACUUCCAGCCUAAGAGUUGCUAGCUGCAUUUCUGUCGAGCUCAAGUGGGUAAUGUAAUCUAUAAAUUCACUUUAAUUUCUCUUUAUCACAGGCAUCUUGAGGAACACAAACAACAAUAUUGAUUAGUUUAAGGAUAGUUGGCUGUCAAAUUAUGUUUUGUCUUGUCAUUUCUAGGAUGAUGGUGUUCAAAAUAGUGGUUUUCUUGUUACUGAUCACCACAUUUUGCAAUGGAAAGGUGAAAAAAAAUAAGCCAAUCUUUGGUCACAACAAUUCAAAUCUUCACACAAACCAUUCUGUCACAACCAUUCAGAGUGAAGAUGGUGACAUCAUAGAAUGCAUCAACAUCUACAAGCAGCCAGCAUUCAAGCAUCCUGCUUUGAGAAACCACAAAAUUCAGAUGACACCAAGUCAUAAUCAUCAGACCACAGAACAACCUAGGAGAACAUCCUUCACCAAACAAAGGAAAGAAGGCCUUCCUCUCACUAUAACAACACAAACAUGGCAUAGAAGUGGAAGUUGCCCUAGAGGAACAGUUCCCAUUAGAAGGAAAAAUGGAGUAGAAAUCAGAAAGAAGCCUACCAUCUUUCGUCGUGAUAAAGGGUCAGAUGGUGAUGAAAAGUUAUCCGUCUUGCACCAGAACCAUUCGUUGGCUAUAUUGCUCACAUAUGGGUACCGCUACUUGGGAGCCAAGGGAGACUUUAGGGUUCAUACUCCUCAUGUUGAGGCAGAUGAUGAAUAUAGCACUUCUCGUGUUGCUCUCUCUGAUGGUGGGCCUUCUAGUGACUAUGAAGAAAUUCAGUCCGGGUGGGCUGUAAACCCUAGUGUAUAUGGAGACAGGCAAACAAGAAUUUUCACUUAUUGGACGGUUGAUGCUUCAAAAAAUACAGGCUGCUUUGAUCACACCUGCCCUGGUUUUGUUCAAACUAGUCAUGAGAUUGCACUUGGUGCAGCUAUCUAUCCCAUCUCGUCCCCAACUGGCCUACCCUAUGAAAUUUCUAUAUACAUCCAUCAGGAUCCAUAUACAAGAAAUUGGUGGGUACAAUAUGGAGAGAAAAAUAUUGGGUAUUGGCCCCCAGAGAUCUUCGCGAGUUUAAGAUAUCAUGCCAAGACAGUUGAAUGGGGUGGUGAGGUUUACAGUAGCUAUGUAGGCGGUCGGCGACCACACACAGCAACAGCAAUGGGGAGUGGGCGCUAUCCGGACAUGAUAUUUGGAACGUCUGGGUACGUGAAAAGAAUGAGAAUUCUUGGGAAUUCAUUGGAGUUGAUUCCUCCGACUUGGGCUUAUCCCUGGACCGACGAGUAUAGAUGCUAUGAUAUCUUUUACCUCGACCAUGAUUAUACUGAUGAUCCCAUAUUUUAUUUUGGAGGUCCUGGAAGAAAUGUAUUAUGCCCUUAAUAUUGUUGAAAGAAUGUUCCCUGUUUCCUAGAAAUAAAAAUCCUUCUUGCAUUAUAAAAUCACCAAAGGCGAA